AUGUCGCGUUUCUUUCCACAUACCGCUUAUGCGGAGGAGCAACCCCUCUAUCACACCAUCCUGACCGUCCACGUGCUCACGCGCGCCGUCACAGCCGGCUCCAUCGUCGGCGCAGGCGUCUUCGGCGCGAAGGACAUCUACCAAAGGCUCAGGAGCCGGCCGCCCCCGGUCCUGCCCCGGUCACAGCUGCUCCUUCGCAGCGCGGGCGUUGGCAGCACCGUCGCGGUGGGCUUGCUGAGCAUUGCUCUCGUCGGACGGAUGUGGGGUCGCGAGGAGAUCGAGUGGCGCGACCGCGCGUGGCGAUUGCUGGAGAACAAGGGCCAGCUGGAGACGGACGACUGGACAUACGGCGGCGCGCUGGUGGGCCUGGGGAGCGCGGCGCUGGCGAAGGGCGGGCUGGCGGCCCUGGGGUGGAAGGGGGUGGUCGGUGCCGCGGGGACAGGGACGGUCGCUGGCACUGUGGGCUACAUGGUGUGGAGAUAUGGUGUCCAUAAGGGCAAGUUCUCAAGCUGA